CCACUAGGUACUUCAGUACUUCCCGAGUCCAUUAUAUUAAGAUUUGUUGAGGUGCAGAACGCAAGGGUGCACAUGUGCAGAUAGCAAUUACUGAGGCUAAGCUGCGGUAUGGGCUUUGGAGACCUCGAGUUUCGACGCUGAUGAGAGCCAGAAUACACAGGACGAGCAGCCUCUGGCCAUCAUCUGAGCCCCCGGCGAGACGUCGGCGACCAUGCCCCUCCAAGACUCGCACACAACCCUCGAGUCGACCUUCUCCUCCUUGAUCUCACGCCGUCGCUCAAGGUCACUGCUCCGCAGGCUUACGACAGUCCCACCAGGGACCGUCGACUUCUCAUCCAACGACUACCUGUCCCUCUCAACCAACCCCGAGGUCCGUCAAGGAUUUCUCGACCUCCUGGGGCAAGAGGGGCAUAGCUCCCGGGCCGGGCAGGGCGAUGAGCACUCAACGUCUCCGCCGCCGCCGCAGCAGCUCGGGUCGCGCGGGUCCCGCCUCUUGGACGGCAACCACCCCUUCGCGGACUCACUCGAGGCCCUCGUCGCCGAGCACCACAACUCGCCAGGCGCCCUGCUCUUUACCUCGGGCUUUGACGCCAACGUGGGGCUGUUCUCAUGUGCCCCGCAGCCUGGUGACUUCAUCGUCUACGAUGAGCUCAUCCACGCCAGCGUCCAUGAUGGCAUGAGGCUGUCGCGCGUGGCCGCCACAAAGCGGGUCCCGUUCAGGCACAACUGUGUCAAUGGUCUCCGAGGAGUGUUACAGGAGCUGGCCAGGGGAGACAGUGGGGUACGUGAGGGAAGUGCCAAUGUCUUUGUGGCCAUGGAGGCUGUCUACAGCAUGGACGGAGACUUGGCACCGCUGCGAGACAUGAUGGAUGCUGUCCAUGAAGUGCUCCCGCAGGGCAAUGGCUAUGUCAUUGUAGACGAGGCGCAUGCAACGGGAAUUUUCGGGCAGCGUGGUAGGGGUUUAUGUUGCGAACUGGGCGUCGAAGACAGAGUCUUUGCUCGGGUGGUGACGUUUGGCAAGGCUCUCGGGAGUCAAGGUGCGGUCGUCCUAUGCUCAAAGAUCACUAGGGAAUAUCUCAUAAAUUACGCCCGGACGUUGAUAUACACGACAGCUAUGUCAUAUCCGUCUCUCGCCAGCAUCAGAGCUUCAUACGACUUCAUGAUGUCAGGCAGGACGGAGACACUGCUUGGCCGCCUCCAGUAUCUCAUCCGCCUCACGCAUCACCUACUCGCCGGCGUCGUCUCCAGCCUCGCCGGAGACCAUUCAGCCCCAGCAAUACUUGCCUUGAGGCCGCUCGACGACAGCGUGUCUCCAAUUAUUCCCGUAUUCACGCCGCACCCGCGCAGCCUUGCCAGUCACUGCCAAGCGCGGGGCUUGAUGGUACGCCCGAUAGUAGUACCCACGGUACCGCAAGGGACCGAGCGGGUGAGAGUAUGUCUGCAUGCGGGGAACACACAGCAGGAGGUCGAAACUUUAGUGGCGGCGAUGGGUGAGUGGGCCGCUAUGAAGCUGGAUGAAAAGCAUCACUCGCAGACUUCCCAGCUGGAAGACACGACGCAAGUGGGCGCAUUAGAGAAAGCAAGACUCUGAACUUUGCCUCCAAGA